AUGACAAUGAAAGGCUUUGAUGCUCCCAUUAAAGGAAUUAUCUUACAAUUUCGGACAAUAAUUGAUUUGUCAAGCAAUAAGUUUGAGGGCGCCAUUCCGGAUGUUGUUGGCAAGUUAGUUGGACUCACAAUGUUGAAUAUUUCCAAUAAUCGGCUUAGCGGACAUAUACCUGUAAAAUUGGGAAAUUUAGUUCAGCUCGAACAAUUGGAUCUAUCUUCAAACGUGGCAUUAUGUGGACCUCCUUUGUCAAGAAAAUGCCAGGGGCGUGAUUCUGAAGAUGAUGAUUCAGAUUAUGCAUUCAUGAACGGGUUCACAUGGCAAGCUGUUUUGAUGGGGUAUGCAUCUGGAAUGAUAAUCGGGUUAGGUGGAGGUUGUCUUUCGUUCUAUACGGGAAGACCUAAAUGGUUUGCCACAAUGAUCGAUGAAGAGGGAUAUAGAAUCAUCAAGAAAUACAGACAAGGGAGGAGAUUGUCUAGUAAUCUGAGAUUACAUUAA